AUGCGCGAGAUAUCCAUCGACAAGCUUUGCUUGAACAUUUGCGUUGGAGAAUCUGGAGAUCGCCUCACCCAGGCCGCCAAAGUCCUUGAACAAUUGACUGGUCAGACCCCAGUUUACUCAAAAGCUCGUUAUACUGUCCGUUCCUUCUCCAUUCGCCGCAAUGAAAAGAUUGCCGUUCACGUUACCGUUCGCGGUCCAAAAGCCAAGGAGAUCCUUGAACGUGGUCUCAAGGUCAAAGAGUAUGAGCUGAAAAAAUCCAACUUUUCGUCCACCGGAAACUUUGGAUUCGGUAUCCAAGAACAUAUUGACCUUGGUCUCAAAUAUGAUCCUUUGAUCGGUAUUUAUGGUAUGGACUUUUUUGUUGUCCUUGCACGACCUGGAUCUCGUGUGUCUCGCCGCAAGUGUUGCACAAAAUCCAUCAACACUACUCAUCGCGUCUCGACCAGCGAUGCCAUUGCCUGGUAUAAGGAUACGUUUGACGGUGUUAUUCUUAACAAAUAA